CUUUGAGACGGUGACAUUCUACUGAGUAGAAAAUAUUUUAAAACAAUACACAUAAGUAGGUCGAAGGGUUAGCUUUUUGUGGUUUCGGUUGUUGAUAUAUCUUAAAGCAAUGGAGUUAAGAUUUUUUUUUGUUAACCUGAUUGGACUCAUAUGUAGCCUGGAGUUGUUACACCUUCUGCCCACAGUAUGUUCCGAGUCGACAGCCUCCGACGGGAACAUAUUAUUUUCGAAACUUUUGAAAAACUGGGAACUUGGAAAAUAUAGGAAGCACACAUUCACUCGGGAUCGUGGUGACGCAAAGCUGUCGGAAUUGGAGAUGCCGGAUGUCCAGUUUAUCAUGGAAUAUGGAAAUUCACUUAUGAAGACCGGGGACCGUGAGGGUAAGCAGUAUCUUCAGCCUGGGCGAUGCCGACGGGAUCCGUGGCAUGACCAAAUGGACAAAUUCCUACUCAGCUACUACAUAACGAAUCAAUAUGGGGGAUAUGGAUUUUCUGGGUCACCUCGAGGGCCUAUAAUUGAAACUUUCAAUACCAUUUUUGGUCCUAGGGAUCCAGCACCUCCGCCGGCUAUAGACCAUCCUGGAGUAGUAGUGGAUCCUGUUCAAAAUAUAAGGAGAGAGAUGCUCGACUGUUGGAGUAUUUUCAGCUACUGAUUUAUUAAACGCAGCUCAUUGUCAUACAUAUAAGAUCAUCAUCUAAGUCAUUCAACUUUUCAUGCAUGCAUUUAUCCACCCAUAAUAUUAGGUGGUCAAGUAUGUGCAAUGAUGCACAUUUAGCGACAUAAUUCAUAUUAUAACAUACACAAUCAGGGUUAUUUUCAACACUCCCUUUAACAAUUAUUUACGUAUGAAUAAUAAUAUGAUUGCUUGGUCCAUUGAUCUCCUUGAGAGGCUGCUCCUCAGCUUGGCGUUGAAUCCGUUUAGGACACAUAUUGCAUUUCUUGACAAGAAAUACUAUUGCACACAGAAAAACUACUAGUGAAAAUAAUAUCCCUAAAAUUAACACUGUUAUUUCUGAUGCUGUCCAAUUGUCAUCGCUGAAUGAGAACACCUGCAGAUUCCUGGCUUCUUUUUGAAUCCGUUCGUCAUUUGUGUUCCAGAUUUCAUUUAAGUCUUCACUUAAAUGACUCCAAUUGACUCGCGGAUUCAAGUGCCAGUUUACGAGUUCAGAAAAAAGAUGAUCUUCUCGCUCUUUAUAGACGACACGUAAUAUAUUUCCCUUGAAUUCAACCUCGUUCAGAGUGAAUGUCAAAGAUAAUGGCAAUGUGAAUACUUUGUCUGGACAUUUUACUCUCCUCUUGCCCACCAAGUACUCUCCUCCUGGACAAUAUACAUGAUAAAGACUGUCAAGUAUUUUUACUUGUACAAACUCUUUUUCAUCUCCAAUUGCCGAAAUCUGACACUUCUCAAUCUUAUAGAGUUUUCCUCCGUUUGAGAAGGACGAUUCAUUUCGACACUUGUUUGAAGUCGUCAUUUCAAUGUUGUUGUGAGCUUUUUCAUAAUAAGUCUCAUACACACAUUCUUCUCCCACAUGCAAUGUGGCAACAGUCGGGCCUGAGUAUUCCAUACGACAGGUUAAAUUAUCUCGUUUCAACAUUAAGAAAAACGGAUCUGCUGUUAGUUUAGUGAGAUUUUUGUUCACUAUUGGCACCGAGAAAUCCAAAUUUAUUUGAGUUCUCUCCUUGUUCAUUUGGCAUAAGUGAAAUAUUCCAAACUCCACUGGACACUCGUCUCCACAAGGCAGAGUGAAAUUCAGAUAUUCCAAAAGGUCAGGAGUCAUUUGUUUUUUCUUCCAUGCUUUUUUCGUGUCCCAAAUCACUUUUCUCCCCUCAACCAAUUUACUUGUGAGGUAAGAGAUUAAAUAUUGUAUGGUUACAACUCCUUCCUUAAAGUUGUUUAAAUCAUUCAUUGUUUGCUGGACUUGGUAACCAACUUUAAUUAUCUCCAUUUUAGAACUUUUAUGUGCUGACGGUCUUCAUAAACUUGUCUUUCAAGUGUAUUGAAAGCAAAUUCUAGUUCGUCUUGUCGAGUUUCUAGUCGGUGUGUCUCUGCUAUUGCAUAACUGCCCAGUCCGAUCCCAGCACUUCCAACACAAGCGACAAGAAUAAAUCCCACAACGACAGGAAUUACUCUUUUUUGUCUUCGCCUCCCUUGUGGUGGAGAGCAAAUAUCUUCUAAAUUAUUUAGAAAUAUUUCGUCAUAUGCUUUUUCACAUUGUUUUUUCAUGAUGUUUGCAAUUCUGGGUUCCAAAUCAUCCAAUGGCAAAAAUUCGCAUGGUGAAAUUCCAAAAAUCCGAACAUGCUGUAAAGUAGGUUUCUUUCCUAUAACUUGUUCGUAUGGAGUUUUUUCUGUAUUUUUUGUACUCAAGGUUCUGUUGAGUACGUAGCAUGCAGUUCGGAUUGCAUCCUCCCAGUGCGAUUCAUGCAGCUGACUUUGGAUCAGCAUUGACCUCGCUGCAUCUUGUUCGAUUCGCAUUUCACGUUCUACGAAUCCAUUACUGGGACUGCACUGAGGUGAGUUGAGACCGAAUCGUAUUCCUCGUUUAGAGAAGAAGGAUACCAAUUCUUGGCAUUUGUACUCGCCCCCAUUAUCCGAUCUGAACAUCUUCACGUUAUUUCCGGUCUGAGUACGCAUGAAGUUAAUCGCAUCUAUAACAUUCAUUGCGGUUUCACCUUUUUUCUUUUGGAAAUAUACUUGUCUAAAAGCUGAUGCUUCGUCCUUUACUACAAGGAAGUACGAAUUUCCAUUUUUCGAAAUUGCAUUUGCAUAACCAAGAUCGGAAUGUAAGCAUUCUCCUGGCAAAUACUUUACAGUUUUUUCAACUGUAACGUAACUCUUCUUCUUGGACUUUGCUUUCAUGCAUAUUUCGCACUUGAAAUUCACAUCCUCUCGCUUCAUAUUUUCCAGGCCAUACGCAGCCUCUUUGUCCUUAGUAUCGUUCAGAAACUUGGAAUUAAUAUGGGCUAAUCUCUCGUGCCAUACGACAGGCUUGAUACAGGCCAUCGCUCUGUUUACAAUUGGCUUGAAUUUCAUUAUUUGAAGACCGUCUCUUCGUUCGGCUUCAAUAUCACGCUGUCCAUCGCGAUAAUAAAUAAUUUGAUUAUUUCCGCUUUUGCUUACUACUAAGCCUUUGUCGAGAAGAACAUUUUCUGACAGUAAAUUUGCCCCCCCUGGCACAUAUUCAACUUGAUAAAUAGUUAUUUCUACCCAAACUUUGUUAAUAAGUGCUUUCACUUUCACUGCUCCUACGCCUUUUACAAGCAUGAGAGAGUUAUCGGCCAUGCUGACCGAUUUUGGGCAUGGGUAUUCUGUAUAUUCGAAAAACCAGUCUUUUCGCCCACAAUAAUGGCGAUUUGCACCAGAGUCAUUUAUCCAAAGGUCACUUAGCCCACCAGCCAUAUAAGCUCCUUCUGAUUUUUCAUCAGAUUUCUGUUCCUUCUUUGCAGAAUCUUUAUCUUUGAAGGUGCACUCACUUUUCCAGUGGCCCUUUAAUUUACAGAUGUGACAUUUAGUUUUCUUUUUCAGAUCACUAAUUUCUUGUCUGGUUCGCUUUGGUCGCUCUUUCUUGGCUGCAUAUGCUUUUGAUGUCUCUUCGACAUGUGAAGCAUUUUUGUACGUCUCGCCAUCUUCUAACUCCCAGGUUUUCAACCUGGAGAGAAGUAGAGCUGAUGUUUGUUUCGCAAUCUCAACUGACCUCCAGGCCUCUCGAAAUUGGCGAAACUUUUCGUCCAUCAUACUGGAAAUUAUCCUAGCGACCUCCAUCUCGUCAUCAAUUACAGCUCCCAUACUUCGCAGUUGGGCGGCAUAAUUUUGUAUUUCAAUCAUUGUUUUAACUGGGGACUUGCCUGAGGUUACCAUAAUGCUGUAAUAUUUCUGCCACAGCACUUGUUUGCUCUCUCCACUGAUGCUUUGGUACAUCGUGUUUAGUUUAUUCCAGAUUUCAUGGGCUGUUGCACACCCAGAAAUCGACUCCACCUCGGCGUCAGUCAUGCACAAAUAUAACGAAGUCAUAGCUUCAUUGUUGCGUUUAUCCCAUUCUUUUUGAGGAUCACCUACUGCUGCAGGUCUGGUGGAUGUUCCGUCCACUAUUUCGUUUAGGUCAUGCGACCUAAAUAGGCUUGACAUCCUCACUUUCCAAACACGGAAAUUAUCACCGUCAAGUUUAGAUAUCGAAGAUGUGUCAAACUUUCUACCCACUAUUGUCGUAGUGGUAGUUGUUGUCGUUCCCGAAGUCGUGGUAGUCAUUUUCUGACUUUAUUGUCUCAAACUUAUAUUUUUAAACUUAAAAUCUUUUCAGAAAUUUAAGUUUUUCAGAAACUUUGCAGAACCCGUGCUGAUAACGUGUUCAAAAUAUAAGGAGAGAGAUGCUCGACUGUUGGAGUAUUUUCAGCUACUGAUUUAUUAAACGCAGCUCAUUGUCAUACAUAUAAGAUCAUCAUCUAAGUCAUUCAACUUUUCAUGCAUGCAUUUAUCCACCCAUAAUAUUAGGUGGUCAAGUAUGUGCAAUGAUGCACAUUUAGCGACAUAAUUCAUAUUAUAACAUACACAAUCAGGGUUAUUUUCAACAGAUCCUUCCUACCUUCCUGCCGGGGUAGUUGGUUAUGGUGUUGACCCAGGGACCGCUGGGUUUCAGUAUGGGGGAAGAUAAGGAGUACUUAUUUAUG